AGACAAGCAAGCAGAACCUAACCUCCUAACCACAAAAUCAAAACAUUCAAAACAUGGGCUUUCGAAAAUAAACCCGAUAGAGCUUCUGCAUUUAGUUCAAAAAAAUGCUUUUAAACACAAAUAAUUAUCGGAAAUACGAAGUAGAACAACAACCACACAACGUUUAUCCGGAUUUCAGUGAUAGUUAUCUAUUUGAAACUGGUUCUGAUCAACCAUAUAACAUUGAACUACCAUAUCCUGUGCAGGAUCCUUUCGACGUCCCGCCCGACCUAAAAGACCCUAUAAAACAAAUUUGUAAUGAAAAGAAACUUUAUAAAACCAAAAUCAAAGAGGCCCAACAAAGGAAAGUACUUGACAAAGUUUCAAAUAUAACCAGUGGAGGCUCAGAAUAUAAAUACAUUCCUAAUUUGUUAUUUGAGGUUUUUCAUCAGUAUAAAGAUCCAGAUGAAGAUUUCCAUAAUGAUUAUAAUAUUUAUUAUACUAAUGGAAUAUUAGAUACAAUUGAGCUCAAUAAUAUUAAUUAUCUUGUGUGGCCUAGAAAUGACAAACUUGAAUUCUUUAGUCAAAAAGAUAAAUUUUAUUCAGAUGCUCCUACAAUGGAAGGCCCCAUUUGUUCCCUGAAAGUUAACAAAAAUUCUAUCCUUCUAAAAUACAAGUAUGAUAUUAUUUUACUUGAAAUUUUUAAUAAAAACAAUUCUACAAUAACUUUCCAAUUGCAUUUCAAUAUAGCCAUUAUCGAUGCAAAAAUUCAGUCAAUGUUAUUAGGCCUAAUUCAAAUAAACAAUGUAUUCAGUAUUUGGGAUUGUAAAAAAUCAAGAAUGUGCUUUAAGAGAAAAAAUAAAUCACCAAAUAAAUUAAUACAAUUUGAAUUUUGGAAGAAAACUACAGUUAUAUUGAUGGAUACUUAUAUGUUACAAGUUAUUGAUUAUAAUAGUGGAACUGUUUUAGAGAAAUUUGACCCAAAACUAAUGACAUGCAAUCAAUUGUGCAAUUUUAGGAUAUUAAUCAAUAACACUUUAUUACUAGCCUCUCGUCAUUAUAUUAUCAAAACAGAUUUGAAGAAUUUUUCUACUUUUGCUCACACAAUGGGAUUUCCACCUCUCUUUAUGGAUUCAUUAGAUAAUUUUUUAUGUUUAGCAAAUCAUUUUCAAAGUGAUAAAAUAUUAUUUUCUGGAAAAGUAAUGUUCGGGUUACCACAAAAAGUGUCUGGAUUAGAAGAGACUAGAGAUGAGGCAAUUUUAGAAUAUCCUGGAAUGGUUUUAAACGAUACCAUUGAUAAAAGGUUAAAAUUGUCCACUGCUGGAGUAAAAUUGGUUAAAAAUGAUGAUGAGGUUUUGAUUUAUUUCGUUAAUUGUAUUGGUGAUUUGUUUUGUCAAAAAUUGUCUGAAAAGUCUUUAAAAAAUUCACAAUCCAUCAGUAAAUUUUAUAAUUGGGCUAGUAAAAUUGAUAGACCAGCACGACCGUUGCAUAUUACUAAUUUUGAGGAAAUGGGAGAUGCAUUCUGUUUUCUUAGUAGAACUUUAGGAAAGCAUGAUGAACUCAAAAAAAAUGGGGCAGAACGGUUCCUGAAUAAGUACAAUCAAAUUUACACUUACUCUAACGUUACAAGUACUUUUGCCAAAGGUUUUUUGAGUAUUUGGGAAGACACUGAGAAAGAAAUUGUUGAUAAGUCAAGUCUGAUUUUAGAAGAAGAAGAACUUCCUUAUUAUGAUAAAGUUAAUAGUUGGAUGGAAAAGCUUGAUGUGACUUAUUUAAAUAAUUAAUCUGGUGCAGCAAUGGACACUUCUAGAACCUCCAUGAUCAAAUUCAGUUCCCUGGCAGCUGAAGGCAACAAUGACUCGCCAAAAAAGAUGAUUUGCAACAGAAUUUUACUGCGAACCAUCGAUUGUAUGAAUACCAGUGUUUUGGACUGCGCAGUUACAUUUACAUGUGACAAGAACGUUUGUGUUUAUGGGAUCCAAGUUCCAGCACAAAUUCCUUUGGACAAGGAAAAGAACCAUCAAAUUGUUUAUGCUGAGUUGCUUUAUGCUCAUUUAUUGGACGCCGAAGGAAGUCGUUUGACUUAUACACAUUUUACUAGCAGAGUACAGUAUCAUUCUCUCAUUGAGAUAUCCUUUAAUCGGCCAGUAUAUAUUCAGAAAAAUAAGGUUUACAAAGUUGGCGUGGUCCUGAAUAAAAUUGGCUGUUAUCCUAUUGGAACUUAUCCCAGCCAUUCACAAUGCAACGGCGUUACGUUUAAUUUCUCACAAGGUCAAACUGGUGAUUCUGUGCGAGAUGGUCUAAUUCGGUCCAUUAUUUUUGCUAUUCCGCCUGUCAAUAAUAAUCUGAACAGUAAUCCAGGAAUUUCUGGCUUGCCAGGGGAUCAUAAUAUGCAACCCAACAUCAUUUAAUACCUGGUUUUCAGGGACUAACUUAUGGAUUUAUCAAGGAGGAAGGAUUGCCGACUAUAGCUUAAUUUUUAUUCACUAUUAUCAAUGUUUAGUCAUAUUUUUCAUUCUGUUUUUGUAUAUAUAAUUCAUUGUCCAUUAUUCAUAUAGGUAUAGUUAACUUUUAUGUAAUAUUUUGGUAGUAAAUAGAAAAAUAGGCAGUACCUAUUACCCAGUCUUCUGGCUGGACAGUCUAUAGUUCUUCUAUUUU